CUCGAUGCUUAAACAUGCAUAUGACGGAAAAUAGAUUCAAGAAACCAAACUUUCUCCAUCUGUGUGAGUACGAGUUGGAAAGACUCUUUCGGUCCUCAUCUAAGUAUGAAAAGGAGCCCUUCAAAAAGACAGCAUCCCUUGAAUAAAGUCACUGAUUUUCCUGUCCUUUGUAUGACUUGAGGCAAAUUUUUAGUGCCACAAUAAUGGAGACCUUCUGUUUGCAAAAGCUGACCUUGAGAAUUUGAGCUGCCAUUGGGUAAAGACUAUCUCAAACGACAAAAUCGUAUUGGAAGGCAGCUCUUUUCCCCCAAUUCUUCUGUCUCCACAGGAUAUCAGUAAGAGUUUAUUUAGUGUAAGGCCAAUAGAAGAAUUCUUUGAGCUAGCCAAGACCGGCAACACAGAAACAGAAUCCAAGCUGGUGAGACAGCUUGGGAGGAAGGCUCCUGGGAGAGAAAGUUGCUAAAGGAAGUAUUAUUAGUAUUCAGGGCAGAGUCAUGCCAUUGUCAGUAACAUGGGGACAGAAAAGGAAGGAUCUUGAAGCAGUGCCAUGAGCACCAAGGCCCUGCUUUUCCCCGGAAUGCAGGUCAGCCGGCCACCGGCCACCAUCACCGCGUCUACUUCCCGUGCAGACCGAAGCUCCUCCCUCCUGCCGUCCGUCCUCGCUCGGUCAGCUCCAGGGCUGCUUCCUGCUGCCUUCCUGCUCUUCACCACCCGACAAGCCUGACGUCAAGACCCUGAUGGCUAAUGAAGCUAACCCUUGCCCAUGUGACAUUGGUCACAGGCUGGAGUAUGGUGGCAUGGGCCAGGAAGUUCAGGUUGAGCACAUCAAGGCAUAUGUCACCCGGUCCCCUGUGGAUGCAGGCAAAGCCGUGAUUGUCGUCCAGGAUAUAUUUGGCUGGCAGCUGCCCAACACCAGGUAUAUGGCUGACAUGAUCGCUGGAAACGGAUACACAACUAUUGUCCCAGACUUCUUUGUGGGGCAAGAGCCAUGGGACCCAUCUGGUGACUGGUCCACUUUCCCUGAGUGGUUGAAAUCAAGAAAUGCCAGAAAAAUCAAUCGAGAGGUCGAUGCUGUCUUGAGGUAUCUGAAACAACAGUGCCAUGCCCAGAAGAUUGGCAUUGUAGGCUUCUGCUGGGGGGGCAUUGUUGUGCACCAGGUGAUGAUGACAUACCCAGAAGUCAGGGCAGGGGUGUCUGUCUAUGGCAUCAUCAGAGAUUCUAAAGAUGUUUAUAAUUUGAAGAACCCAACCUUGUUCAUUUUUGCAGAAAAUGAUGCUGUGAUUCCACUUGAACAGGUUUCUGUGCUGACCCAGAAAUUGAAAGAACACUGCAAAGUUAAUUACCAAGUAAAAACCUUUUCUGGGCAAACUCAUGGCUUUGUGCAUCGGAAGAGAGAAGACUGCUCCCCUGCUGACAAGCCCUACAUUGAGGAGGCUCGGAGGAAUCUCAUUGAGUGGCUGAACAAGUACAUUUAACACCACUUAAGCAUAAAACAGCUGUUAUCAAAAUUUGCCUGGAAAUAAUUAACCAUGAUCUCUUUAUGUAAAAUAUAGGAAUCCUAAAAUUCUUCUGAAACAUAAAUAUAAUAGAAACUAAAUAAAUGCUCAAUACUUACAGAACUCAGAUGAUAGCAUAACUGUUCAUUAUUAGGCAAAUCUGGGGUCAUCCAGGGACCAGCUAGACUCUCAGAUAUGGCCUUAUACUGGUAGUGAACACUGUUAAGGCAAUUCAUAUACAAAGCCAGGAGGAUCAUGAGUUGUUAAGUAAGUUGUUAAGUAAGUAGUUUAUGGGCUCUGGUGACUCUGGUGAGCAGUGUUGAAACUUAGUUUCUAGAUCCAAUUAUUCAACCUAAUAAAUGAUGUUUUAAAUUUGUGAA